AUGGAGGUGGCGCGUGCGGCGGGAGGUUUUCUGAUGCCGCACCAGAUGUACCACGAGAGGCGGCCGGCUAGCGCCGCGCCGGCGGCGGCGACAGGAGGAGGACCCCGCCGCAUCCGCAUGCACACCGCGCCCCACGAGUUUUACGACGUAACGAUGGCAGCCACGCCCAGCGUGAACUUCGACGGCGACGACGCGGAGCCCGCUUCUUUCUCCGCGUGGUUCCCGAGCGGCCGGUUCGGCGGCGUGCCGGCCGCGGCCAGCGCCGUGGAGGGCCUGCCGGAGACGACGGUGGGGGCGGGAGGGGAGGAGAUGGGGGACGGCGAGGAGACCUGCUGCGCGGUGUGCCUGGAGGGGUACCAGGCCGGCGACGCGCUGAGGACGAUGCCGUGCGCGCCCGCGUUCCACGGGGAGUGCAUCGUGGAGUGGCUCUCGGUCAGCCGCUUCUGCCCGCUCUGCCGCUUCAAGCUGCCUACACAGGCGGAGGAGGACGCCGCCGGCCAACACCAACAGGCGGCAAGCCUGGGAUAG